UUAUAUCUCAAAAGUGAUUACCUGGGUGCUAUUUUCGUUCUAUAGGUUUUCUAUACAGUGAUAUUUCUGAUCUAGACAGAUGUUGUUUCCAUUCGUACAUCUCGAAGUCCAACGGAGUCGUCAGCGUUUUAUUUUAAAAAUUAACAAUGGAAUCCUGUAUAUCCGAAACGUUUAGAAAUGGGAUAGUCUUAGUGACCGGAAGUACAGGAUUUCUCGGGAAGAUACUCAUUGAGAAAAUACUCAGAUCAUGUCCUGUAAAAAAAAUUGCGAUCCUAGUGAGAAGUAAAAAAGGAUUUAAUGUUAAUCAACGGGUGGCUGAUAUGUACAAACAAGCUGUAUUCGACCGGAUUAGAAGUGAAAAACCUGGUUUUAUAGACUUCAUCAAAAUCAUUGAUAGUAAUCUAGAAGAUUCAUUUAUGGGCUUGACAACAGCUGAUCGAGAUUGGAUAGUUGAAAAUGUAAACUUUGUUUUUCAUUGCGCAGCUACAAUCAAAUUUAAUGAAACCCUCGAAUCGGCAUCAAAAAUAAAUAUACAAGGGACUGAAAAACUCCUGUCCUUAGCAACACAAAUGAAGAACCUUAAGGUAACAUAUUUGAUAUUAUUAUGUAUCGGAGAUUUACCGGUUAUACCGCCAAUAUAAUCUGUUCAGCUAGAGAACAGUUUUCAAUGUAAAAACGUGCAAAUCAAAUAAUAAAAAGGUGGGUAAGUGGAUGUCGCUCUGCUGUACAGUAGGUUACAAGUGGG